GGCUAUCUGGCAUAUUUUGAAAGAUGGAGGGGGAGGGCUGUGUGUGUGUGUGUGUGUGUCUGAGAAAUGAGAGAGGAGAGUACUGAGCUGGGAGAAAUCUGUCAGAUUCAAACACACUCCGCUCUGUAUGAGCACGCCUGCAUGUGUGUGUGUGUGUGUGUGAGUGAGUGAGAGUGUGUGUGUGAGUGAGUGAACGCGUGUGGGUCCGUGCGAUACAAAAUAAACGAGGGAUGAGAAGAGAAGAGCAGAGGAAGAGCUAGAAAGGGGCAGAGGAGGACCACAAAGUGAGGCCCGUUCGCCUACGGAUCAGGGACCCACUGGAUUCCAUGGACAAAUCGACCCGGCCGACAUCCCCGCCGAGAACUGUCUAUCGACCCUGACGCUGAUGCGCCGCUCGCCGCUGUAGAGCAAGAAGGCAAAAGAGGGAGGGAGGGGAUCAGGGGUGUGAAGGGUCACAGACCGCAGAGCUGCAGCAGAAGCCGAGGUUGAGAAGGUCGAGGAGCGAGGGCUUUGGGCGGGAAGGUCAAAGGUCAACAGAUCAAAGAUGAUGACUUCACACGGAAAGCUGAGGAGGGAGAAGGGCAGCCUGGCCGAGUAUGAAUCUCAGAUAAAGGACCUGCGGGCCCAGCUGACAGACCAGAUAAAGAUUCUAGACUCCCAGGUUGAGGUGAAACAGCAGCAACUCUCCGACCUGUCAGAGUUUCUCCGGCGCCGGGGCGACAUCGAGACUGAAUAUGCGCGGGCCCUUGACAAACUAACCGAGAGGUUCACUCACAAGACGAAAAAGAAGGAGCAGUGGGGUCAGUCCGUUUGUCAGGUCUGGUCCGUUUUGCUGACUCAGACCCGUCUGGAGAGCCGGGAGCACGCGGCGCUGGGGGACACCUGCUUCAACACGCUCACACAGAGCCUGACGCACAGCACGGAGGACACACACCGCCUGCACAAAAAGAGCAAAGAGGUGGGAAUCCAGCUGCAGGAGGAGCUGCUAAAGGUCACCACUGAGCUGCAAGCGGCUCUGAAGACCUACAACCAGUACCACACUGACUGCCUGAUAGCUGAGGGCAAGCUCAAAGAAGCCGAGCGGCUGGAGGAACGGCACACCGGCAAGUCGGCCGACCUCGGCCCCGGCCCGUUGGCCGGGCAGCGGCGAAGCUCCGUCAAGAAGAUGGAACGGUUAAUGGAAAAGAGGCAUGGAAGAGUGCAGGAGACCCAGCUGAAGUGUACAAAGGCUCGGAAUGACUACCUGCUGAAUCUAGCUGCCUCCAAUGCGGCCAUGAACAAGUACUACCUGCAGGAUGUCAGCACUCUCAUCGACUGCUGUGACCUUGGCUUCCAUCUGUCCGUGGAGCGGGUGAUGAAGUGCUACCUGGCCAGUAGGUGGCGCAUUCAGAAAACAGAGGAGACAGGCCUGAAACAGCUAGAAACCGCCGUGACGUCCCUGGACCAGAGUGGAGACAGGGAUGCGUUGCUGCAGCAACAUGAUGCUGCUUUCUGCCUUCCGUUCCGAUUCAACUAUCACCCACAUGAGGGAGACCAGGUGUGCGAGGUGAGCGCGGAGAGCCAGGUGAGGUACGAACUCGAAACCCGGUUCCAGCAGCUUCAGUCUCGACUUGCUGCCGUCACCUUGGAAACAGAGGAGAUAAGCAAAACGCUUAAAGCCACACUUGUAGCCCUGCUGGACUCCAUGUGCGAUGGCGAGUGCAACCCCUCCCCCGACCUGUCCACCAGCGUAUCACACGAGCUCCCUGGAGGAAGCACCGCCCCAAAACUUACUCUGGCCAAGCGUCGAGCCAAUCAGCAAGAGACAGAGACUUACUACUUUACAAAAGUAAAGGAGUUCCUAAACAGCAGCUCUCUGGCCUCCAAACUUCAAGCCAAACAUGAUCUUCUACAAGAUGCCAUACAGAAAGGUGCUCUUCAUACAGUAUAUACAGUAGAUUGAAAGCAG